AGCAUUUCGGAACCGCCCGCUUUCAUUAAUCGCAGCAGCGCUUUCCGGGAACACAUUGAGUGCGUAUUUCAGUCCUCUCCGCUCACUGCGUGAACGGUACCAGUCCUUUUUUUGGCUAUGGGUUUUACCAGCUCGAGCGAAGAUGGCCGCGAAGGAACCAGCUCUCAGUACCGUUUCGUGAACCACGUCGCGUCGAUUAACAGUGUAAACUUCUUGUGCUUCGCGAGCGCAGAGUGCUACAGCGCGCUGAAGAGGCGUUCCGCCCUGGCGGCCACCGCUCUGGACACCGUCGAGAAGUGCGCCUCGCACGCGUACGCCCGUCUCGGGAAGCCCGCCGUGGAACAGCUCUCCGGGCCACUUCAGGCCGCCGACCGCCUCGCCUGCCAGGUCCUGAACAAGCUCGAGAACAGCUAUCCGUUGACGAGCAAGACGCCGCACGAGAUCGUCGCCGAUGCCCGCGACCUUGGCAAACGCAAGUACAGCGAUGGACAGGCGUACACACAGGAAAAGGUCGACGUCUGCCGAGACCUGUUGGAGCGUGCCUUCAAUGCUGCCUGCCACCCCUUGGACACCGCCGUGUCCAUAGCGCGCUGCACUCAUGCCAUUGUAUGGCACCAACUGGCAGCUGCCCAAUCGGGCUGCGACCAGGUCAUCAAAAGCAUACAACCAGACGCGGCCCCGGAGGACAAUACCCGCAACUCCACCCUGCCCCGCCUCCUCGCCCUAAGCUGGAAGGCCUCCGUCUGCCUCUCUCACUACUUCAACGCCGAGCGCCAACGGUGCAGGAAGCUCGUCGAAGAGACCUUCGCCGCAGCCACGCGCAUUCUCGAAGGGCCCGCCGAGCCCCUUCACGAGCCCACGACUGCCAGCGAGCAUGCCCGCGCCGAGUUCCAUCACGUGAUCAAGCUUUGCGGCGAGCUUCGGCGGGCGUUCGUCGACGCCUUCGUGCUACUCUCCCGCACGGCGUGGUCCUCGCUCUCCGCACCCUUCUCCCGUACGGAACCCAUUAACCUCGAAUUACUCUAUGAUGGCGAACCAUCGAGCACCGAAAUCAUAACGUCACUUCAUCGGCACACCAUCGAUGCAGAUUAUGGUGGUCUGGACGAUUCGAAAGAUAGCUCUGAAGGGGACCACGAUGUAUACUAUUAGUCUUAAGAAUUACGUCCUUGUGUUUUGUUUUAGAGCCAAUAAAUCUUUCUUUUAGUGUUCCGCA